UCCUUUUUUUUUAACCACCGGACUUUGAGUUUUUUUUUUGGUCUUCCCAAGGUGCCUACCGACGCCUCUUCUCCUCUCCUUCCGUUUAAUCGCUUCCUCGUCACGCAACCUUUUUUGAUCCACCCCCGGAGACAGCUAUGAAGAUCACAGCCUUGCUUGUUCUGAAGGCCGCUCCCGAAGCCACGGAUCCCGUCAUCCUCGCCAACGCUUCCGACGUCUCUCACUUCGGCUAUUUCCAGCGAUCUAGCGUCAAGGAGUUCGUCGUCUUUGUCGGUCGCACCGUCGCCAGCCGCACCCCUCCUUCCCAGCGCCAGUCCGUCCAGCACGAAGAGUACAAGGUUCACGCUUACAAUAGAAAUGGACUUUGCGCUGUUGGAUUCAUGGACGAUCAUUACCCUGUUCGAAGUGCCUUUUCUCUUCUCAAUCAGGUUAUAGAUGAGUACCAGAAGAGUUUUGGUGAGACAUGGAGGUCUGCUAAAGAAGACUCCUCUCAGCCCUGGCCUUACUUAGCCCAAGCUCUUACCAAAUUUCAGGACCCAGCAGAGGCUGAUAAGCUGUUGAAAAUCCAGAGGGAGUUGGAUGAGACCAAGAUUAUCCUUCAUAAGACCAUUGAUAGCGUUCUAGCCCGUGGUGAGAAGCUUGACAGCCUAGUUGAGAAGAGCUCUGAUUUGAGCAUGGCAUCCCAGAUGUUCUACAAGCAAGCAAAGAAAACCAAUUCAUGCUGCACUAUUCUUUGAGCUGGAUGUCCUAAGGUAUAUAUAUAUAUAUAUAUAUAUAUAAUCAACCAAGCUGUUGCUGGAGGUCGACCCUGUUUUUCAUUUUCAUGUAUUUGAUUUCGUCUAUCUUGUUCUCAUGCACUUGAAAUUCCACAAGACUCGAGUCAUAUGGUGUGUCGUCCAAAUACAUGUUAAUUUGAAUUGUCUUUGCCAGAUUUAUAUGAUUGCUUUUGUUCAUGUU